UCCUUCAGAUUUCAGGUUGGAUAUCGGAGUAAGUUGCUGUGUUUUAAGAAUGGCUGAAGUCGCGCCUAUUGUCGCCGCUACUACUGCGCUCCCGGCUGUAAAGGCACCCGCCAAAAAGGCCAAGAAGGCGACGGGCGGUCCGAAGUCCCGCAAGCUCUCAGGCCCCAGCGUCACGGAGCUGCUGACCCAGGCGGUGGCGGCCUCCAAGGAGCGCGGCGGGGUCUCCCUGGCCGCGCUGAAGAAGUCCUUGGCGGCCUCCGGCUACGAUGUGGAGAAGAACAACAGCCGCAUCAAGCUGGGCCUGAAGAGCCUGGUGACCAAAGGGACUCUGCUGCAGACCAAGGGCACCGGUGCCUCGGGCUCCUUCAAGCUCAACAAGAAGCAGGCGGAGAAGGACAAGGCGGCCAAGAAGAAGCAGCCGGCGGCGGCGGCAUCCAAAGCCAAGAAGCCCGCAGGCAAGAAGGCGAAGAAAGCGGGAACCGCCGCGGCCAAGAAAAGCGUUAAGAAAGUAGCCAAGAAGCCCGUAUCGGCGGCCAAGAAGGCGGCCAAGAGUCCUAAAAAGUCUAAAGUCACCAAGCCCAAGAAGACGACCAAGAGUCCCGCCAAACCUUUGAAGCCUAAACCUAAAGCCAAGCCGAAGGCUUCCAAAGCGAAGCUCGCUCCUAAAAAGAAGUGAGACUGUCUUCUGCUGGAGCACCUUUUAACACAACGGCUCUUUUAAGAGCCACCCAAAAGUUCUCUAAAAGGCUGAGCCUGCUGAGCUGCAAUCACAGAAGAGUAAUGACUUGGUUCGGAACACUCUGCACAUGCUUAAACCUGCUGGUUUCUUUAAGACGACAUCCUAUAUUAUCUCCCUCCCCCCUCUUAAAGGUUUCCAAUAUUUUACUGCAGAAGUUUAAGGAACUCAGACUGAUGUUUUGUUCUCUAAAUGAAAACUUCCUUACAGAAGACGUGGGAGGCUUUGCCACUAAUAAUUAGUGGCUUAUUUAAACUCCACGAGGAUCUCUCCUUUUUCUUCUCCUUUUUCCCUCUAAGAAGAGAGGGAGGCAGAUUGUGACCAUCUUUCCCAACACUAAAUUCUGGCCAGUGUUUGUGGCUAGCAUGUAUUUUGAAAAGGCAGUGGAGAUACAGCAAAUGACCCACACCCCCACACAUAAAAUGAGGUUCCACCGAGAUUUGAACUCGGAUUGCUGGAUUCAAAGUCCAGAGUGCUAACCAUUACACCAUGGAACCAAUCAUAUUAAGCGUGUUACCCUGUUCUGUUGUUCUAAUUUAAUUGGAUAACUAGAGAACUAACAAUCAGUCACAAUAUCAUUUCUUCUUGAAUUUACAUUACAAAAACGUAGGGAAAAUAUAGGAGAAAGGGUAUGAUCAGAUACUAUUUGCAUCUUGAAACAUUUUUAUUGACUUUCUUUUUUAAUUACCAGGACCUGUCGCAUUAGGAAAGCACUCCCAUGUCACAGGAAGGGUAAUGCAGUACGGAAACAAGGACUAGUACCAUGGAACAGCAAAAGUAUAUAUUCUGAUCAGUCUCUCACUGGCACCCAUCCCCCAUAUCGCCAUCUGUGAACAUGAUGCUUUUCAAAGAACAGUUUUGUCCCAAGAGGCUCUAAAAAUAGACUUCAGGGGAACAACAGAGUUCAGGGAUGGAAACUGAGGCAGGGUCAAAGAAAGAAUAUGUGAUUACAUAAACUUUGUGGUUUAGCUACAGUAGGAUAUGGGGCUAUGGAGUUGUUGCAAUAUAAUUCACCACAGCACUUUGGAAGUGGCUUAGAGUAAUUAGGAAUUUUGCCAUGUUGAGAUUUGUAACGUGAGAGGUUCCAGUUGGCACAAUUGUGUUGAUUCGAUGUGCUAUUUGACCUUGUUGAUGUUUUGAAAUGAAUCGUCAAUCACGUUGAAAUGUUGUGCUUGUAUUUGCAUAUAUUUACUCUCAUUUUUAUUGUAUAUUUUGUUAUUACAUGAGGCUGAGCUGCUUUGGAAAACAGUCCACUGUGAAAAUCAGUAUGCUAUAUACUUAAGAAAUAUCAACAUUAGGAGAAAAAACUCCAGAGUGGAAGAAAGUUUUCUCCUGCUUUGGCGGACAGUCUUCACCUGCCUGUGCUUGUGUAGACUUCCCCAGCAAGAUCUAUUUUCCUUGCUGGGUCAGACCAAUUAUCCUCCCCCAGUAGUCAAACUAGCCUACUAGCUGCUCCUGGAAAGUUUACAGGUAAAGCAUGGUUAUUAUUUCUGUUUGUGUCAAGCUUAUUCUGCUUAAGAUACACUGCCUCUGCAUAGAGAAGCUCUUUUGGGGGGUCAAUCAUUGAAUAUACUUAUCCACCAUCAAUUUUUGAGUGGGUCAUCCUGUUUUCUUUCUGCCAUGAAAGGUACUUAGAGGAGUCUCUAUCAACAAAAAGGCAACCUAGGACUAGUUUUGUGAAGAAAUGUACUUUUAUCUUGAGGUAAAAGGCCUCCAUGCUGCAAACCAUAACUGAGACUCUCCUUUAAUAUUGAGGGUUAUAGGAGAUAGUAAAAUGAGGUCCCUAAGAAGACUAGCUAGGCCUUUAGUACGGAGGCAACACACACACACACACACACGCACACACAUGCAAGUUGAAUAAUACACCAGCCAUAUUGCAAUAGUAACAUUUUACUGAGGCUUUUCCCCCACAAAAGAGGCCUCUGAUAAAGUAUCCAGCACAUAAGAACAGAGUACUGCCUCCAUGGGAACUGUACAUUGAAUACAGAAGGCGCCAUAUAGCACAAAUCAGAACAAGCACUUCAGAGUAUUAAAGCCUGUUCCAAUCUCGACAAUUCUGUGAGCUGAAAGUAUCAGGUGACCCAAGCCUAUUUCUAUUUUCCCAUUCCGUAGACAAGAACCUCCUUUCCACCUUUCAUAGGGAUCCACACUCAAAGCUAAUGCAACAGGAGGAAGAGCUUUUCUGAGCUAACAUCUCUCUCUCUCUCUCUCUGUGUAAACUCCUUUGCCUCAUCGCCUGUAAGAGGCUGAAACUCAAGUUAAUUAACUUCUCUUCCCCCUUUUUUUUUUAAAAAGACCCCCUUCUGCACAAGAGCUAAGCAGAAACAAGUAGAAGCAGGCAAGAUAUCCUGCUGUGAUCAGCAGAAACCCAAACAAAGGUUUAACGACUAUGCUUAGGUGAGGCUCCCAAGAGGAAGUCUCUCCAAACAAAAGCUAAACAGACUUCAUUGCCAUGGGGACUUGUUUUGCCCCCACCGCACAGAAGCCAGGGGACUGUGACUUGGGGACAGGACUCACAGCAUUCUGCCUGGGCCAAAUGCAAAAAGCACAGCUCCCAGCUGCAGAGGGCAGAGGAGGACUACAAAUAUACCCACAGCUUGGAAUGGGCAUGAUAACAUUGGGAAGGAAAGGAUACCAGCAACUUCCACAGUAAUCUGAAACACUUCAGGUUGGCUUGUUGCUUUUUAAAAAAAGCAAAAUCUACUUAUUUAUUUGUUGCCUGUGUGUGAUUGUGCGAGUGACAUUUGCAAUAGGGAUAGCUGAAAUAAAAAGGAGAAGCUUGAUACAACACAGGUAGCGAGAGAGAGAGAUAUUGGGGGGGGGUCAGAAGCCAAGGGGAAAUAUAAGACAUUUAUGCUUACCAACACAUGUAGCAUGUUUAUAUUGGUGUUUAUAUCUCCAGGAAAAAAGGAUCUACUACCUAGCAUUAAUGCAGCAUUAAAAGAGAGCUACUAAGUCUGCUACCCACACCAUGUUCCAUGACAAUCAAUCAUGUACAUUCCUAACCCCCCGAGUCUUCAUAAAACAGAAAAAGAGUAUAGCCCAUGUCGAAUCCACUGCCCCCCAAACAAGCAUCAGUGCCACGGAAGGGGACAUAUCCCAUUCACUUCAAUAUGGUUUAAGGCAGAUAUUCACACUGGACUGUACCCCAAACCACUACCACGGCCCCCUCCCUCUACCCAAAAGGAGGGUUCAGCUCAGAAACAGCCUUCAAUUUGCUUGUUUGGGUCCUGAUGCAAAUUGUUCCUCUUCCUCCUCUUUUAGAGGAAACAACUGUGAAAGAAGCAAUCCCUUGGAAUAAAAUGUCCCUCUGGGCCAGGGGAUGAAUUCAGAUUUUGCAAAGAACAGCAGCAGCAGCAACACCACCACUUACUAUAAGGGAAGAAACGAACCCUCAUAAUGAUCUCUCGAGCAGUUUUCAAGAUCUCCACAGCCUGCAUUGGGGAAAGAACAACAGAACCACUGAAUAAAGAGCAUCAACUUGGGCUGCAUCAUUUCUUCAAAAUGCAUGUAUACCCUGCAUUUCUUUCACGGAGCAAAAGGAACCACAGACAAGAACUGUCCAGACCCAAACCUGCUUAGCUUCAAGCAAGGCUGUUGUGUCAUGAGCCUUUAGACCAUAUACUGGAACUACUUCAUGCAGGCCUGCCAUUUAUUUUAUUUUUAACAUUUCUGUUAGAUAAGCAAAGCCCCACUCACUUUACUAUGCUCAAUAUCCUGGAAGUCAACAUCAUUAACUGCCAAGACCUGGUCUCCUUCCUGCAAUCCGGCUCGAUGUGCGUCUGAAUCUGGGAUCACCUGGGACAAUAGAGGCAACACCAACACCGGUCAGACUGGGGGUCAGGAACUGCAAAUGCCCGCCUGUCACUGAUUCCCACUGGCAUUUUGGGCAGGCCGGCUGGCCCUGUAUUCAGCCAGUCCCAAAGCUUCAAUCCGAUACGUAGUUACUCGAGACUAAUCCCUGCUCACGGGAGAGGAACUUGCUUACAACAUCAUGGCAAGGACUGAGCGAUUGAUCUCCUUACCUGUGGUAAUGGACUAGCAGAAGGAAAGGAUAUUAUUCACCUAAGUCCUACUCAGAGUAGACCCACUGACACUGAUGGGCCUAAGUUAGUCAUAUCUACUAACAUCAAUGGGUCUACUGUGAGCACUGAUUACCACCCAAAGGGUUUAUGACUAAGGAACAGGAUGCCUUCCAUUUUUUUAUUUGAAAAAUCUACAACUCAUGCUCAUAACAACUAACCUGAAGUAAAUUAUUCUAUUAAUCUUGAGCCCUUGUGAUAAGGCAGGGUAUAUAUUUAAAGCCGCAACUUUAUGCUCAUUUGUUUGGUAGUUAUCAUUACUGAAGCAUGUAGUACUAGCUUCCAAGUAACAUGCACAGGAAUUGAUAGAUGCUUUUCACAGAAGAACUGAAUCUCAUCAAUCAAGCAAUGUGUUUUAUUGGAAUCAACGUUGUGGACAUAUCAACAUAUGCCAAUUUAAUCUAAUAAUUUGUACUGAGGUGUUUUUCUAUAAUUUUUAAAUAACAAAACAUUUUUAUAAGAAAAUAUGCAAAGGACCAAGCUGCCUAUGAAACAUGUAAUAAGAAUUGGUGGCUGAGUUUUAUGUUUUCCUUUCCCCUCCUCAACUCUUUUUCCUUUGGUGUUAGGUCUUUUAGUCCCUGCCUAUGGGCUCACAACCUAUUUUGUAUGCAAGCUGCUCUGGAAGCCUAUUCAAAUGCUUUAAAUCUUUAAAUUACUAAAUGACCACAAUUAAUUUGCUUGUCAAGGAGGUAAUGGAACUAGCCAUCCAUAAGGUCAGGGCAAAGGUUCAACACACCUUAGAGAUGAAGAUCCCCAGCUGGGAUGCUUUUCCUCCUCGGAUAUUAAAGCCCAGCUAGGAAGAAAAAAAGAGCAGAUGGAUUUCAACAUAUAAUUUGUUUUUGAAUACUGUCUUCUUCUGGACUUCAUUAAUUCUGCUACAGACGUCUGGGGGACAGAUUUCCACCUCAUCACUCUGUCUUUACUGCAACCCAUGAUGAGUCCAUAAAACAGAGGCCAACAACAUCUGGAGGGCCACAGGUUUUCCAUUCCUGGUGUGGAGGGCCUCAGUUGACAAAGCUGUGAUCCCAGAAGCCUUUUAAAAAAACACCCAAUCCUAUAAUUCCCCAUUUUCCACUGGUCCCUCAAGUGUGGGUCUAGUCUCACCUGAGCCCCCGGAGGCUUUUUCAACACAAUGGUCCGAGGCAGGAACUGAGUCAGCUCGUUGUUAUAAUCGGAAUGAUAAAUUCUCUAGGAAAAAGCAAGACACACAAAAAAUGGCAUCGUAAAAUUCCCUUAUGGAAAUCUUAAAGCUUUUUUGUGGCUCAUCAUCCUAUACAGCCUGGUUCUCAUCGAAGAGGAAUGUGAGGAGAACAUGAGGAAUUGCUGAAGGAUUGUAUUUUAAGCAACUUGGACCCUUUUUAAAACUUUACCACCAAAUGUCAGCACCCUAUAACAGGGAUAGCCAACAUGGUGCCCUCCAGAUGCUGUUGGGACUGCACGGCUAACGGCAAGGGAUGCUGAGAGUCAUAGUCUACGAUAUCUGCACUCCUGUUGGCUACCCCCUGCUAUAUAGGUAUUUUGGCCUUAUAUUCUUAAGCAGUUGGGACCCCCACACUAGUCACUGAAGCCCAAGGGAGUUCAGUAGCUACAAACCUCAUGAGGAGGAAUCCAGGCAGGGGGGCUUUCAUAGGGAGGCAGGAACACCACGGGAUAGUCAUCAUACGAAAUCCGGCCACAGCCUCCUCCUCCAAUAUCCAUUUUGGAUUCAGUGCAGAGCUGGGGAAGCACAACUGAUCCUUCCUAAGAUGGGAUGCCAAGUCUGGGUAGAGAAAGUGGCACACCUGAUUUGUCCCCUUUCCUUGAAAAGCCAAAUAUGCUUCAAGGCACAGAAAAAUGAAUGAAAAAAUACCCGCCCGCCCCUCAAAAAAAAAAGCAAACCUAGCAAUUUGAGGGCAUGGAAGAUUUGACUACAUUAGUUUUUGUAUAAAUAUGAGUGUCUUUUCUAUCUGUAUGUUUGUUUUAAAGUUGCCACCUCUUCCUCCUCCUCACAGAAACUCUUGUGCUUUAAACAUUUGCAUGACUGCUUAAAAACAAAAACAAAAUACAGCUUUCCCUCAACUCAAGAAAUGUGGCAAUGGAAAAGCUUCUUUUAAAUUACAAAUUCAGCUUUCUCCCAGCUCAAAGAUGUGCAAUGGGAAAAGCUAUACUUCUUGAAUCUACGCCUGCCACACAGCUAUUAAAAGCAAAUCUCUUUGAAACAAGCUUUGAAGUCAUAUGUUUAGAACAACCUUGGAGUUAAAAUUGUGAUGCCAGUUAAUCGGGGCCAUUUGUCCAGGGCUGCUUUUAGUCAGUUUCUACUGUUUAAAUGCAAUGUGCUUUUCCUGUUUUAUUGAUGGAUUAAUUGUUUUGAUGUAUUUUUACUUACUGAUUGCACACCAUUCUGAGACAAUUGUCCAAAACAGCAGAAUGCAAUUCUCAUUUAAGUAACAAUAAUAAUUACAAUCAUAGAAGCACGGCUGUUCUACGGAAGCCAUGGCAACUCAAUGCAUGGCAACUCAAUACAGAAUCACAGGAAGGUGCCUUGCACUCAGUUGGUCCACCUAGCUCCGUGUUGCAUAGACCAGGAGUUCCCACCUUCGUUCAGGUGGUCCAUAGCACGUCCGCAUCAAAUAUCCAUAUUGAUUUUUAAUAGCACCUUUCUUGCUUCUUAUUUGUUACAUUGUAUUUUAUUAUAUUACCUUUUGAAUUCUAUAAAAUUUAUUUCUAUACAGGAAACAAAAGAAGCCAUAAAGACGCAAUUAAAAAGCAUAUUGCUUCUAGUACAGUGCAGUACAAUUGCCACUACAGGAGAAAAAUCACUAAGAGGUCUGCCACGGCCCUCAGUAAUUCUCAAGUGGUCCACGUGGGAAAAAAAGUUGGGGGACCACCGGGGUAGACUCUACAAUGACUGCCAGACACGUCCCAGGAUUCAGACAGGGGCCUCUCCUGGCCCAAGGUCGAGAUGCCAUUUGAGGCCUUCUGCAUGCAAAUAAAUGCUCUGUCAUUGAGCUACAGUAGGGCCCCGCUCAGACGGCAGGUUCUGUUCUGGACCGCCGCCAUAAAGCGAAAUCCGCCGUAAAGCAGAACGCAUUGACUAACAUUGUCUAAAAUGGCACCCGACGCCUGAAAAACGCCGUAAAAGUAGAACAAGCGCCAUAGGAGCAGGGCCUUUCUGCAAUUGACAACUGCUGUAUCAGUGGAACGCUGCAAAGUGGAGCGCUGCAAAGCGGGGCCCUACUGUACAGCUCUUGCCCCUUUAACCAAGUUUGGGUUAAAAUAAAACCAGAUUAUCUAUUCACCCAGGCCUUUUAAACAACUUGCGUUUUAAAAAAAUCUGGACUCUUAAAGAUUGAGUUAUUUUCCAUUUCGUAUUCUGCUAAACUUUUGGCUUUACUCUCCUCUGCUAGAAGGAAAGUUUUUAUCCUGCAUUCUGUUACUGCUGCUAUCACAUUUUAAAGGAUUGUAUUUUUAAAUAUAUAUUGUAUUUUAUUAUUUGCUUCUCAGAACUGUUCAGACGGCAUAUGCUGAUGGGCAGUCAAAUUCAUUAAUAAAUAAAACAGUAAAAUAAA